GUUCUAAGUCCACCGUCUGGUGUCAACGGUUGGUUUCUUUUUUACUGCGCCGCUGCCCGCUGGGACGGUUUACUCGGACUUGGUAAAAAAACAAAACAUUUUGUUAAAGUUUUUCUGUUUCGCUGAAAAAAGACAGGCUGGUAGACUUGUCGUGGUGUCAGUGUGGUGUCCUAGUUUGGAGGAGGCGGGCUGUCCCGGGACAAACGCACACAUCUGUAAUAACAGAUAACAGACUGUCACACAGACACAAGCCCCGGGGUGGAGGACUGUGAGGGUCACCAUGCCUGUGCGACAGAAAGACGCUCAGCGAGCCCUGGAGCUUCUCCAGCAGUACCGGGCCAAAUUAGAUCAGAGACAGCAGAGUCAGAACCGGUCCAAACAAGGCCCUGUGGAGGAAGACAGCCAGCUGCAACAGUCUCUGGACAGAGUCAUCAAUGUUUUCCAGAGCCAGCUCUUCAGCGCCCUGCUUGACAUCCAGGAGUACUACGAGUUGACUCUCCUUGCCGACAGCAAGUGUUCUGUGGACCAGAUCGACAGUCCAGCGAACCUCCCUGCCUCCUGCAACCUGCCAGCAGAGCCCACAGUCCAGUCACAGCCCACUUCUGGUCUACUAAGCCCUCAGGAUUCUGUGGACUCAUCCCAGCCCAAAUCUCCAACCCCCAAACGCAGGUCAAUCAAGUACCCUGCUCCUCCAGUCCCAUCCGGAACACCCACAUCAAAGCCAUCUCCCCCUACAACGCAGUCCAGUACACCUCAGUCACAGCCAGGCAAAGUCAAGUACCGUGCCCCUCCUCCUCCUGUCCAGCCUGGGGCUUCCAAAUCCAUGGCAGUGGAGACUACUAAGCCCUCUUCUCCCUCUGCUGCCACAUCUGUGGGAGUCACAGUGAAUGGUAUAGAAACCUCGUCCAUAAAAACGCCUACUCAAGUAUCACUAAAUGGAACAAAGCCACAUCUUGCUGCCACCAACUCUAGUGUUUCUUUAGAAAGCACUAUUACCUCUGCCGGUCUACAAACCGAUCCUGCCUCUGCUGACCUCAACCUGGUGACUGUCUCAGCCCUUGUCUCCAGCACCAUCCAAGGCCUUGUGUCUCCAACCACUCUAGACAAACUCACGCCAACCAUCACCACUCCUAGUGCCAGCCCAGGUCCCAACAGAGUCACAGAUGCUGCUAUUAUCAAGGACCCAGGCGUAGACAAAGUCACUCCCAGCCAUAGUCCAACUAGCCCCAACCAGGAAAAAUCUACCUUCGGCAGCCGUAGCCCCACAGGUCCUCCAGGGCCACUGAACAAAGGACCUCUUCUCAGUCCAACCAGCCCUGGGCCAAUAAAGGUCACCUCUGCUAGCCCUACUCAUGGUCCAGCCAGCCCCAGGCCAGCUACAAGCCCAUUGACCCCCAACAAGAAGUAUCGAUAUCAAGAAGAGGAAGGGGCGUCGCCAGGCGCCCCAAAACUCCACCAACACCCCUGCCAUCAGCACCCGAUGGGAGUAGCCCGAGAGCUGAGUGAUGGAGGGACCCUGGGGAGGGAGGGGAGGGAGCGGGGGACCUGGAGGAGAGAGGGAGGGGGCUCCGGGACCACGGAGAGAGAAGGGGAACGAUCACUGGGAAGGGACGGAUCUCUCAGUCGUCACGGUGACCUGCGGGGGGCAGAGCUGGUUCAGGUGGCGGAGCGGCAGCUGUCUCAGAUUCAACACGUUCACGGAUAUGUCACUCACACACACAUCACGCCUGCUCAGGUAGAAUCUCCUGAGGUUCCGUUUGAUGAUGAGGCGUGGCCUCACCCAGAGGGAGAGAGGCUGAAUGAAGUCCCAGCCCCACCUUUCUCCUCCCUCUAUUCGCAAAGCCACGCCUACUACCAGGCCAACCCCCCUCCAGUGGUGGUCAACACCGACAGCGUCGACACACCCCCAUAUGUCAAUGGAACAGAAGCAGACUUUGAAUAUGAAGAAAUCACGCUGGAGCGGGGUAACUCAGGCCUGGGGUUCAGUAUCGCAGGAGGGACUGAUAACCCCCACAUCGGAGAAGACCCCUCUAUCUUCAUCACCAAGAUUAUACCCGGAGGGGCCGCAGCCCAGAAUGGACGACUCAGGGUGAAUGACUGCAUAGUCCGGGUAAAUGAGACAGACGUCAGGGAGGUGACCCACAGCGGGGCUGUGGAGGCGCUGAAGGAGGCAGGAGGUCUGGUCAGACUGUGUAUACGACGAAGGAGGAGUCUCACGGAGAGAAUCAUGGAUAUCAAGCUGGUGAAAGGGCCGAAAGGUUUAGGAUUCAGUAUAGCAGGUGGAGUUGGAAACCAACAUGUCCCGGGUGACAACAGUAUCUACGUGACUAAAAUCAUCGAGGGAGGGGCUGCACACAAAGACGGACGGCUACAGAUAGGCGACAAACUCGUAGCUGUGAAUGCCUCCUGUUUGGAGGAGGUAACACACGAGGAGGCAGUGGCCGCCCUGAAGUCAACUCCUGACGUUGUGUACCUGCGUGUGGCCAAACACACUUCUCUUUUUAUCAAUGACAACUUCCCUCCACCCGACGUUACUAAUUCCUACUCCCCACACCAGGACAACCAUAUAAGCCCCUACAUGAGCGGCAGCCAGUCUGUAAGCCCCGCCCCAUUGACCACACCCAGAUACUCACCUCUGCCCAGGGCCAUGACCGGAGACGAGGAUGUCCCCAGGGAACCCAGGCGGGUGGUGCUUCAGCGAGGGUCUACAGGUCUUGGUUUCAACAUUGUUGGAGGGGAGGAUGGAGAAGGAAUCUUCAUCUCCUUCAUUCUGGCAGGAGGUCCAGCUGAUCUCUGUGGGGAACUGCGCAAGGGAGACCGCAUCCUCUCGGUGAACGGUGUGGACCUGUCCAGUGCAACACACGAGCAGGCAGCUGCAGCUCUGAAGAACGCAGGACAGACCGUGACCAUAGUAGCGCAGUACAGACCAGAGGAGUACAGUCGUUUCGAGGCGAAGAUCCAUGACCUGAGAGAACAGAUGAUGACCAGCAGUGUCAGUUCCAGCUCCACGUCGCUCCGCUCCACACAGAAACGCACACUUUACGUCAGAGCGUUGUUCGACUACGAUGGGAGCGCGUCAGAUCUGAGCGCGCCCAAUCAGGCUCUGCCAUUUCACUUCGGGGAUAUCCUCCACGUGAGCAGUGCUGGCGAAGAGGAGUGGUGGCCAGCACGUCACCUCAGCCCCCCACCCCCAAACUGCCCCGAAGUCGGGGUCAUCCCCAGCCGCAGGAGGGCAGAGAAGAAGGAGAGGUCGAGGUUAAAGACGGUCAGAGUGUCGAGGUCUCAGGACAGAUCGGAUCAGGAUGAUAAAGAGCUGGUAACCUCUGGCACCAGCGAUAGUGAGAGUAGUUCCUCUGGCCAGGAGGAGAUCUUCCUUACCUACCAACCAGUCAUGCAACAGGAAGUUAAUUACACGCGGCCAGUCAUCAUUCUUGGACCAAUGAAAGAUCGAGUCAACGAUGACCUCAUCUCCGAGUUCCCUGACAAGUUUGGCUCCUGUGUCCCACAUACAACGCGGCCGCGGCGAGACUACGAGGUGGACGGCAGAGAUUAUCACUUCAUGUCCUCCAGAGAACUCAUGGAGCAAGAGAUCCAGGAACACAAGUUCAUCGAGGCUGGACAGUAUAACAACCAUCUGUAUGGAACCAGCAUACAGUCUGUCAAAGAAGUCGCUGACAAGGGUAAACACUGUAUACUGGAUGUAUCAGGGAAUGCGAUAAAGCGUCUCCAGAUGGCAGGCCUCCAUCCCAUUGCUAUCUUCAUUAGACCAAGCAAUGUCAACAACAUCCUAGAGAUGAACAAGCGGUUUACUGAGGAGCAGGCGAGGAAGACUUACGACAGAGCUGUCAAACUGGAGCAGGAGUUCACAGAGUACUUCACCGCUAUAGUCCAGGGCUCAUCUCUAGAGGAAGUGUAUUCGCAGGUGAAGCAGAUCAUUGAUGAGCAGUCUGGUCCAUACAUCUGGGUGCCCACCAAGGAGCGGCUCUGAAUAAACACACACAUAUUACAUGUUCACACACACACACACACACACUCACACAUUACAUUUUCAACACUUCCCACUUCUCUAAUUUUCUAUUAUCAGCCUGCUUCCUCUCUCUCUUUUUUCUCUUUCUCUCUCUCUCUUUUACACACAUAGAGGUUCACACACACACACACAUAUUUUACACACAUAAGCACAUAAAGUCGGACGAGGCUGGGACUAUCUGGGACUGCUACUUCCUGAAGUGGGAGGAGCUCAUGUCUGUCCAGCAGCCUAUCGGUGGAUCUUCCUACAGCUCAGUUCCUUAAUGUUUAAGGAGGUGGUUCAAAUCAAGGCGACAUGUACCAUCAUCUGAUUUGAUUUCAUUAUUGUUCUUAUUAUUGUUGUUGUCGUUGUUGUUUUCAUAUUAACGAAGGGUAAUGCAUUCAUGUAUGGGUUUGUAAUGAUAAUAUUGUCACCAAGAGGCAGACUUUUGCACGCUGUAGCUUUAAGAGCAUGUUUUUGGGACAAAAUCUUGAUCUCCUUCCAUGUCUGUCUGUCUGUCUUUCCUCAUGGCAUUGCUCCUGUUUAGAGUCUCUCUUGCUCUGUCUUUUUCUGUCUUUUCUCUUACAUCCCAUCACACCCUCUUUACAUUACCGACAGGCUUUAAAUAUAAGGUGAAAGUUUAACAAUGUGCCCUGGCAUUUUGGCAUCAAAGGUCAAAAUGGAACUAUAGUACAAACACUGUUUAGGAAUAUAGCAAGAAAAUAAUCAUAAGCAAUUUAGGAUUUUUGUAAUUGAGACACCUGCUUUCUUGUAACAAGCAGAAAUUCUCACUCAAAACUGAAAUAGAAAACUAAAUUAGAUUUCAUUAAAUUACAUAAAGUGUAGAAUAUUCUAGCACAAUUUUGUUUAUCGUAUAUCAACAUUAAAAUGGUGGUAGAGUGUAGUUGGAGCCUUGGACCUGUAUUUAUCAAAUUUCUGAGAAUUACACUUAAGAAAAAUCUUAAAAGCUGAUUUACGAGUAACAAAACGUCAUCACUAAAAGUAAAGAUGAAGACACAUUUAUCAAAUUAUCAUUCUUACUUAUUGUAAAGAGUAAGAGUGACCUUUAAAAGCAGCUCUCAAGUGAUCACAUGAUUAAUUACAUGUCUGAACAGAGCAGGACCAGCCAAUCAGAGACAAGGAUAUACCCCUACACCUGCCACAUUUUUCAGUCUUCCUGUGAUAUUUAAUUCUGCAAUAUUUAAUUUUUAAAAUGUUCAUUUUAUUUGUGUGAAUUCCUUAAUAUCUCCAGUAACAAUUAACAUAUGAAAUUAACAACAAUCUAAUAUAUUUAUAAUGUAUAAACGAUGAUGGGCAUGCAUGGAAAGUGAUUGUUACUGGAAUCAAUUCUUGUUUGCACCCCUGAAAAACAAAAAAAGACAUCCUAUGAAAUGAAAAUAAUGGGCUUAAACUACCCUAUUUUGAAUUAUACAUUUUGGUUCAGGUAAUGUAUUACUCAUCAUGACCAAAUCAUUGUAUUUUUGUACAACCGCACAAAGUAUUUCUGUACUACAGUUUACAUUUAAUGUUAUUUAUACAGUAGCUUUUAUCCUUAAAUUAGCAAAUAGAAACGGAAUAACUGAUUGGUACUUUUAUCUUUCACUUAAGUCCAAAAUGUCUCUUUCAGCAGUUUGAUAAAUACAGGCCCAGAAUCUCAGUUUAAGAAACUCGGGUCUGAAUCCCCCGAGUCUUCGUCCCUACAAGGGCUUCUCUGCCUUCCCUCCUCUUCUUCCUCUUCCUCCUCUUCAUCUCAUGCCUUCAUCUCUCUCGUCCUCUCCUCUUUCACGUUCACAGUGUGACAUUUGUCGAGCACUCCCAGCAUAAAGCUGUGUAUCAUCUUCUUCAUCAACACUAUCAUCACGAUCAUAAUCAUCAGCAUCAUAGCUUUCCUUCUUACUGUAGUUGCACUAAUGAGGGCUUGUUUCUUAAAAGCAUCUUAGCGUGACAGAGCUGAUACCGUCCCAGUGUUUCUGGUAUAUGGACAUGUGACACAUUCGCUUUUCUUUCAGCUAAUUCAGUGAUUAUCAUGCUGGUUUGAAAGAGUUAAAGAGGUCAGGGAACACUUUUUAGUAAAAAUGUAUUUGCAGUUAUCUCAUAUUCUGUAUGUCAUGCUAUUGUGGAGUAUUUAAAGACAUGAGGUGAACUCCGUCAGGACUGACUAAUCAACUGCAUUGGCUCUUUUUGAGUUUUUCAUGCUGGUUACCAGUAUAUAACUUUGAGCCUUCAGUGCCAGUGUGCAUACACGACACCUGGAACUAGACACAUUUGUGACCUCAGCUAUCUGUAUGUGACUCUGUGGUUUGGUCGCAUACCUUUGGGGGAAAAUCAAAACAUUAUAUUUUUACCUAUUGUCCACCAACAAGUUUUAUUUUCAAAGGUAUUUUCAUGAUCCCACAGAUGUGUACUGUCGGCCCAGGAAGUUAAAACGUUUGGCCGAGGCUUAACCAACAUUCACUAAUCACUAUAUUAUAUUUCCACAACCACGGUGGACUUUAAGGUACAAUGUGGAGUUUUUGACCACUAGCAGCGCCAUGGAGCAAUGUUUUCACAAGUGGGACCCUGUUUUAUUGGUAUAACGCAAAUGCACAAGAACAAGAUCGAACUCACAUCUUGACUUCGGUCUCAGGAUGUAUCACUGAUCGACAGUUGGUGGCUGAUGUUCUUUGGGUCUUUGCAUUUACACGUGGUAUUAAAAUUUUGUACAUUUUCUCAGUUGUGCCCACAUUGUGAUCGGAUCUCAAUAUGCACAUUUGUUAGGCAGAGCCGGUGGACUUGUCAACAUACAGGUCGCAUCCCAAUCGCCUUUCAAUCACAAUGCAUUUGGAGCGCAUUGAUGUGCUUUUACUUAUCCAGAUAAUGUAUCCAGAUACAGAUAGCAUCUGUGAGAUCUUGAAAAUACAUUUAAACAUGCAACUCUCUGUUGGAUAACAGGUAAAAAUGUUAAAAAUGAAAAAUGUUCCUCUAAGUUUUGCGUAGGGAACUCUCUCACAUACUGAGUGCUGACAUCAUGAUUUGGGCUAACCUAAAACACAACAAGGAUCUCUGUUGUCAACCGUAACAUUUGAGCUACGAAGAUGCUUUUGGUAACACAGCCCCUGUAUGGACCUUGUCAGCCACCCUCUUCCCAUCUCCACCUUCAACCCCGAGGCGACUGCUCCAAGCUGACUGGAGACCAGAGACACACAGAGAAGCCUGUUCUGCUAACAGAGUAGCUCUUAGACCCAAAUGAUAAAUAGUUUUGACUACAUGUGUAUUGAAAGCUUUAAUAUGUCCCACUCCUCACAGAAUAUUCAGCUGAAUUAUAUUUGUUUCCAUCGAUAAUCUUCUGUGAAGUGAGUAGACAAGUGGUGUUUGUCAGUUAACAGAACUGGACUCUCUGUAUGACUCUGGCUGUGUGUCGUAGCCAGGGGACCAUGCCACUGUCUGUUAGAGUAAAGCACCGAUGCAAAGAAUCUAUUACAGAGAUGGAUCUAUAUCUAACAUAUUAUAAUAUUUAUCCCUGCUCUAACUGCCUAUUUUGGUACAAAAAAAAUAAAAGUCUUUAUUGAGA